CAUCCAGCCUGCCUGCGCUGCCAUCUGCUGCAUCGCCCAUCGCCAUCGCCCAUCGCCCAUCGCCUUCGAUCGCACUAUCGUCGCCGUCGCCGCCGCUGUCGCCGAUUGCGAGCUUGCUCUUGCCUCUCCCACCUGCGACACCCCCCUCGGAGCUCGAUCCCAAGCUCCCGUAUAUCCUCUGUGCCAUCCAGAUCCUGGAAAUCCUCGCAUCGGGCCCGCAGAUCCGUCGAUCCAUCCCACCCCGUCGCUCCGUCUGCACAUCGUCUCGACCUCUGGGCUCCUGACUGCUCCGUGCUGCCGUGCCGCCACUGCCUCCCGCCCAGCCAUGUUUCCCACAAAUCCCACUGCCCGAGCCUUGCUGGCCCUGACAACCGCCGUCGCGGUUGCCUUGCUGAUCCAGCGCAUCGCAUUCGCCGCAAGCAAGCCCGAUAAGAAAAAGGACACCAAGAAGCGGGACUCGUCCGCCAAGCGUUCGUCUCAGACAGCCGAUGCGAGUCGCUCCUCGUCCGCAACCUCAACUCCAGCGACCACACCUCGGGGCACCCGCAGACGAUCGUCCGCAAAGACCCGCGUGUCCGUCGCAGCGCGAUCAGUCGAUUCUGAGUCGGCCGAGCCGGCUGCUCCUGCCAAUCCCUCAGUCGAGUUUGAAGAGAUCGCCAAGGCCGUUGCCGACAAAUCCAGGGAGAUUGAGGCCGUCCUGUCCGUGUCCACCCCGGCCGCUGUCUCAUCCGACAAGUCCGACACUUCCGCCAGAGAUACACCAGUCGAUCUGCUGACCAAGGCUACUCCUGAGUCGACACCCAUUCUGAUCCCGUCAGAGGCCAGUGUCCAAACCGAGACUGUUACCGUCGAAGUCGCAACCAAAGCCCAAACGGCCCGUGCUGAGACCACCACCAGCAUCACCACCACCACCACGAUCACAACCACCACCACUACCACCACCGGCGCUGAAACCACGUCCCACGUUGAGACCGCCACCCGCUCCGAAGCAGCCCAUGCUGAGGCCGACCGACCGGCUCUCGCCCACCAGUCCUCGGCCAUCUACGCCCAAGUCCACGAGCGCUCCUACUACGGCUAUGUAUCAAGCACUAGCGAGGGCGAGCACCCGUUUCUGAUCUACAACAGCACCGGCGAGCUGUCCUCGCCAUCGCCCAGCACCCAGACUCCCGUUGCGGAUGCCGUUUCUCAGACCCCGGAGCCUCAAGUGCCUGCCUCGGUUGUAUCCGAGCCACAGGCGACAUUCGCGCCGCGGGCUCUGUCCGAUGCGCCUACCGACUCCGCUGUACUAGCCAAGCCCGUCCUGUCCUAUGCCGCUGCCGCCUCCAAGGUCCUCUCGCAUCCCAUGUACGCCGACAUCAACGAGCGACGCACAUAUGGGUAUGUCGCCUCCGGGGACGAACAGCCUUACCCCUACGAGAUUGUGCGCCAUGACUCGUACACGCUGAUCGACAACGCCACGCAGCCGUCUUCGGCCAGAGCCGACAUUACCGAGAUCACGGAGCGCAUUGAGGAGGUCGAUCUCCCCCCUCGCCCGCAGUCGCCUGUCAAGACGACAAUCGCCACCCAGCUCUCGUUCGAAGACCUGACCGAGCCCGUUCUCGAGGCUGUGCCCACACCCGCGACGCCGUACAUGGGCCAGACACCCGUCACCCCCGCGGUGCCGCAAGAGACUGCCGACGCUGUGACCAGCAUCAACGUCGAGUGCCUGACGGAAAGCAUCCAGGUCAUUGAGGUCGAAGCCCAGUCUGUUAUUGUCAUUGAUGCGGCUGAGAUCGAGGAGGAUGCCCACAUCGACCAGGAGCACCUGUCUUUUGUCACUCAAGAGGACAUCCACAACGAUUCGCGAGCGCACUCGGAGAUCAGCACGUCAUCGCCCGUUGCGGCUCCUCAGGUUGUCGAGAGCAAUCUGAUCGAACCUGAAACUGUCGAGAUUAUCGAGGCUGCCGCCACUAUUGAGACCAUCGAGCAGGCCACUGCUUUCGAAGCGACAGAAACUGCAUCGGCUCUUGAGCCUGUCGAGAUUGCUGAGGCUGUCGAAGCUACAAGGGAGAUUGUCGAGGUCGACAGCCCCACUGCGCAUAUCGUGGCCGAGUCGGCUGCAGAUCAUGAGCCGGCUGCUGCGGAGCCUAGCCAAGAACCCGUGCAAGCACCAGAGCUUGCGCCGGAACAAGUGUCUGAACACGCGCAGUUUCAACAUGGCGACGAGCAUGGCUCGCUGCCAAUGCUCGAGCCCGUCGACGCCGCUCCCGAGAUGCUGGACUAUCUUGAACCCACCGAGUUCCACCACGCUCACUCCACACCCGAAGUCAUGGACGACAUGACCCAAGCGUCUGUCUACGCCAAUGGGUACUACGUCGCCGACCAUGCCGAAGCCGUCGUGAACGGAGGGUCCUGGAAGCCCUAUGUGCCUGAGUUUGUUCCCUCCUUCAAUGUGAACGCGAUGGAGUUUGUGCCAGGCAGUUACGACAGCAGCCUCUACGACGAGGCCAAGCUCAAGAAGCGAAACUCGUACAACGGCCGGCCCCAGACCAAGGCCAACGGACACGUCCGCUCCAACUCAUCGCAGGAUGUUGCCAACCUCGCCCGCUCGAACAGUACCCGCAAGCGUGGCGCCAGCACCGCCAAGGACGAAGACAAGUCUGCCGCACCUCCCUCUCACACCCUGUUUGAGUUCGUGACACCCGCUCUGUCGGUGCCCAAGUCCCAGAAGAAGAGACCCGUCAAGGAAAUUGUGCCCGAGCCGGCCAAGGAUGAGGAAGAGCCUGCGGCGGAUUCCGAGGGCACCCCCGCUGAGAAGCGCACCAAGGCUGCCAAGCGACAGGCGCGCGAGGCUCUGAUGAGCAAGACCAAGUGCAUUUUUGGCGACAAGUGCGCCAACAAGUCCGGCUGCGGCUAUCACCACCCCACGGAGCUGUGCAAGUUCUAUCCGGAUUGCAAGUACGGCAAGGACUGCAUCUAUAUCCAUCCGAGCAGCCCAAAGCCCUAAACACCCCCGGCGAGCGCGAGGCGCUUUGUGGCUUCAGCUCUGCUGUUGGUAGUCCAAAGCAUCGAUCACUGAUGCAGGACUAUUGCUCGGCCGUGCUUCUGCCCCCCCCCCCACGUUCUUUCUACCCAUGUCAUUCAUCCCACAUCAUCUGCAUGUAAAAACUAGUUUGCUGUUUGUUUCUCCCCCACCUUCUCCGCAGCUUUCCUCCCAAGACUCACGCCAUCGCUGAGCCCGUCAGUCCCACCAAUCCAUAUUCGUGCUAAUUCUCUACUUCCGUCAUCCUACUUCUCGUUGCGAUGCAUUCUCCCUCCUUUCGGAGUCUUUGUUUUCCAACUCAGACAAAAUGAACCGGGACGCCCUGCUCCAGUCCCCGACAGAUUGCUCUUUAUCUUCUUCUGGAUUCUGAAUACACGUGUGUCCAUCC